AUGGACGCAAUGGCCGCGAAAGCGCCUGUGGACCCGGAGAAGGUAGUCGAAGACGUCGAACACCUCAGUCUCUCUCCAUUCGGUCCCGCAAGAGCCUCUAUCACCGAGCACCCAUUGACCGACGAUGAGGUCUCGAAGAUGACCGACUACUUCCAUGCCAGCAUGUACAUGUGCUUGGGCAUGAUUUACUUGCGAAGAAAUCCGCUUCUACGUGACCCGUUGACGCUGGAUCAUGUCAAGCGACGACUUCUGGGUCAUUGGGGCUCCGACUCUGGACAGUCUUUCACAUAUAUCCACAUGAAUCGCUUGAUCAAGAAGUACGACCUUGAUGCGAUCUUUAUUUCGGGGCCUGGACAUGGCGCACCUGCCGUCCUGUCGAACAGUUUCUUGGAAGGAGUCUACUCAGAAGUCUACCCAGAUAAGAGUGAAGAUGAAAAUGGUAUGAGGCGCUUCUUCAAGUCGUUCUCUUUCCCCGGUGGAAUCGGAUCGCACGCAACCCCUGAGACUCCCGGUAGUCUUCACGAGGGUGGAGAGCUUGGUUACUCGAUUUCUCAUGCUUUCGGCACUGUCUUCGAUCAUCCCGAUCUGAUUGCUCUCACGAUGGUUGGAGACGGCGAGUCUGAGACAGGCCCGUUAGCCACUAGCUGGCAUUCUACCAAGUUCCUCAACCCAAUUACCGAUGGCGCUGUUCUACCAGUGCUCCACUUGAACGGUUACAAGAUCAACAACCCUACCGUACUCUCGAGAAUCAGCCACAAGGAGCUCGAAGCACUGUUCAUUGGUUGCGGAUGGACUCCUUACUUCGUUGAGGGCAGUGAUCUGCCUUCGAUGCACCAAGCCAUGGCUGCAACGAUGGAGCGUUGUGUUACAAAGAUUCGCGAGUACCAGAAGGAGGCUCGUGAUUCAGGCAAAGCGUUCAGGCCUCGUUGGCCCAUGAUUGUCCUGCGCACACCAAAGGGCUGGACCGGACCUCGAAAGGUCGGAGACCACUUCUCGGAGGGCUUCUGGCGAGCUCACCAAGUGCCUCUCACAAACGUACUCAAGGACAAGUCCGAGCUCAAGCUCCUCGAACAGUGGAUGCGCAGUUACGAACCCGAGAAGCACUGGGAUGAGAACGGCAAGCUCAAGCCUGAACUUCGAGAGCUCGCGCCCGAGGGCAAUCGACGAAUGUCGGCGAACCCAGUCGCCAACGGUGGGCUCAUCCGAGGCAAGUUACACAUCCCUGACUUCCGCGAAUAUGCCGUCGAGGUCACAAAGGGAGGCGUCGCGAAGAUGGGAAGCAUGGCCAACUUUGCUGGCUUCCUGCGCGAUGUGAUCCGAGAUAACCCAAAGACUUUCCGCGUCUUCGGCCCCGAUGAGACUCAAUCGAACAAACUCGACACGAUCUAUGAGGCUGGCAAGAAGGUCUGGAUGGGUGAAUACUUCGAGGAGGACGAGGAUGGUGGCAACCUGGCAUACGAGGGCCGUGUCAUGGAAAUGCUCUCGGAGCAUACUGUUGAGGGAUGGCUCGAAGGCUACAUUCUGUCCGGUCGUCACGGUCUGCUGAACAGCUACGAGCCCUUCAUCCAUAUCAUCGAUUCCAUGGUCAACCAACAUUGCAAGUGGAUUGAGAAGUGCCUCGAAGUCGAAUGGAGACAGAAGAUUGCUUCGCUCAACAUCCUUCUCACAGCCACAGUCUGGCGACAGGAUCACAAUGGCUUUACUCAUCAAGACCCCGGCUUCUUGGAUGUAGUCGCGAACAAGAGCCCUGAAGUUGUACGCAUCUACCUUCCACCAGACGCCAACUGCCUGCUUUCCACAAUGGACCACUGCCUCCGCAGCUCCAACUACGUCAACGUCAUUGUCGCCGACAAACAAGAGCACCUCCAGUUCCUCACCAUGGAGCAAGCAAUCGCCCAUUGCACAAAGGGCGUCGGAGUCUGGGAAUGGGCCUCAAACGACAAAGGCGAAGAGCCUGACGUCGUAAUGGCCAGCUGUGGCGACACUUCCACCCACGAGGCACUCGCAGCCACAGCCCUGCUCCGCCAACACCUCCCCGACCUGAAGAUCCGCUUCGUCAAUGUCGUCGAUCUCUUCAAGCUCAUCGACUCCAGCGAGCACCCCCACGGCCUCAAAGCCCACGAGUGGAAAGCCAUCUUCACCUCCGACAAGCCGUGCAUCUUUAACUUCCACUCCUACCCAUGGUUGAUUCACCGCUUGACAUAUGGCCGCAAGGGACAGCAGAACAUGCUGGUGCGCGGAUACAGAGAGAAGGGUAAUAUCGAUACGCCGCUCGAGCUGGCGAUUCGAAACGGUACAGACAGGUACAGCCUUGCGAUUGAUGCUAUUGAUCACAUCACUACGUUGGGUAACAAGGGCGGCUCUGCGAGGGAGGCGCUGCUUAAUGAGCAGAUCAAGGCGAAGAAUUACGCGUACCAUGAGGGGCUGGAUCCUAAGGAGACGGAGGACUGGGUGUGGCCUUUCUAAAUUUGAACGGGUAGGGUUGGGAAGGGUAUGGAAUACCUUUCUCUUUUCGCACACACGGAUGGGGUAAUGUAAUGGGUAUAGACAAUGAAUUUAAUGAUGAAUAUUUGUGAA